AUGAGUCAUCAACAACCAAAUGCGCCGCCUCCCUACGAUAGUGCGCAAAAAUAUUCUGCUUAUCCGGACAUUAACAUGCAAGGCGAUCCUUACCAACCAAAUAUGCAAAAUCCAUACCCGCAACAACAGGCGCCACAACAGCCUGCACCUACGACGACUUAUGUUUAUGUUAAUGAUGGACAGCGCCCGCCGUUUGGACCACAACCGCAAAAUGCAUAUUGCCCGACUUGUCAGCAAAGUGUGCUUACAAAAGUUAAACAUUCUGCUGGUCUUUUAACUUGGCUUGUUUUUGGUGGAUGCUUAAUAUUUGGAUGUUGGUUGGGCUGUUGUUUGUUGCCAUUUUGCAUGGAUGACUGUCAAGAUUGUGAGCAUUUUUGCAGUAAUUGCAACACUUUCUUGGGCCAGUACAAACGCCUCUGA